ACGGUCUCGGUCCGUGGGUUCUUCUCUGCCAUCGCCUGGAGCGCGUCACUGAACCGUCCACCAUGUCGAUGGGGCUGGAGAUCGGCGGCGUGGCCUUGUCGGUGCUGGGUUGGUUGUGCAGCAUCAUCUGCUGCGCGUUGCCCAUGUGGAAGGUGUCGGCCUUCAUCGGCAACAACAUCGUGACGGCCCAGAUCAUCUGGGAAGGGCUGUGGAUGAACUGUGUGGUGCAGAGCACGGGGCAGAUGCAGUGCAAGGUCUACGACUCCAUGCUGGCGCUCCCUCAGGACCUGCAAGCCGCCCGCGCCCUGCUGGUGGUGGCCAUCAUCUUGGCCGUGCUGGGCUUAAUGGUGGCCAUCGUGGGCGCCCAGUGCACCCGCUGCGUGGAGGACGAGAGCACCAAAGCCAAGAUCACCAUCGUCUCCGGCGUCAUCUUCCUCCUCUCUGGCGUCUUGACCCUCAUCCCUGUCUGCUGGUCGGCCAACACCAUCAUCCGGGAUUUCUACAACCCGCUGGUGAUCGAAGCGCAGAAGCGGGAGCUGGGCACCUCGCUCUACGUGGGCUGGGCGGCCUCCGCACUCCUGCUGCUGGGGGGGGGCCUGCUCUGCUGCUCCUGCCCCCCCAAAGACGACAGGUACCCCACAAGCAAGGUGGCCUACUCCGCCCCACGCUCCGCCGUCACCAGCUACGACAAGAGGAACUAUGUCUGAGCCCCCCCAGGGUCCCCCGGCCCCCCUCGAUAUCCCCCACCCCA